AUGCCGUCUCGAUCUGAACGUCCCUUGCCCACCCCUCCGGUCUCGAGUACUGGCACCGCCGCCAUCCCUCUCCGCCCUUCACAACACACUGGAUUGGAGAGCAGCACGCGCCGUCCAGUCCGGCCUCGAGAUGCUCCAAAUAUGGCUCCGAUAAGUGGCAGCGCGCCUAAGAGCUCACAUCAUGCGGGACAUAGACGCUCAAUCAGCAAUCCGUUCGCGGGAUUUGGACGAAAGCGAGACAAGGCCCCUGUCAAGCCGGAGACAUGGGACUCGGACGAUGACGACGAUGAAGAUGAGGUGAACAUCCAGGAACUUCACUCUACGAGUCCGAGGAAGGGUGGUCAUCGUGCGGGUUCUGCCAAUGAUCUUGCUGAGGGAAAAUGCCAGACCUGCGAUGCAACUGUUCGGUGGCCUCGACAUCUGAACACAUUCAGAUGCACCGACUGCUUGAUGGUCACAGAUGUUGGGUCGGACACUCCUGAAUCAAGAGACUUGGACGAUCAUAGCCGGAAACCCCCUCAGGGGUCUCACCGUGAGCCAUCCAAGUUAGCCAACAAAGUCCUUCCUAUCUCUGCCAACCAGACCCGGGGCAUGAUUAGUGGGUGUCUAAAUAUUUAUUUCGAUUCUCUUCUGGACAAUGGAUCUAGGCCAUGGGUGUCGCUGGACGACGACAAAUAUGAGAAACCGCUGCCUGAUCUCCCGCCACUUCAACCUGAUGAGUCUGGCGCCAACCAUUUGCUCCUUCCACCUGGCGGGAACCACAAAAACCGGAGCGCCUCUCAUUCUAGCGGGCGAGACCAAGACUCAUCGUCAAAGGAGAAUUCAACUUGUUCGACGCCACAAGCUAUUCGAUGGGAAGGCGAUGAUCCAACCCUCAGACCUCGUACCAAUUCCGACCUCAAGUCUCCAGCAAACCCCCAAUCUCGCCCCCAAGUGAGCGUGCAAACAGAGAAAGUGUCACCUUCCAUUCGUGCUACUCGACCGUACAUCUUCGAGGGGUUGGAAAACAGCAUCAUAAGUGCCUUCAAGGGCUGCGACUGCCUCAAUGAAUCUUUCACUACCCACCCACCUCCGCGAUCAGCUCGAUCAGCCAGCAGUGGUAACCCACCGAGGAUGAGGAUGGAAUCGAUUACGAUACCCGAGCCGUCAGCGGAUGCACCCGUCUUCGAGCCAGAUGCCAAAACCUUACUUCUAGGCGAUUUGACGGAAAACUCGGCUUGGUGGAUGAACGAAUGGGCAGAAGCCGAAGGUCAGAAUCCUGCAUACGCCAAAGAGAAAAGCAGCCCGCCCAAAUCCCGUAUGGUAUCAUCGCGAAGUCCUCGCAUCAAUUGGGUAGAGGUGAGCCAGUGGUACCACUCGGUCUUGUCUGCGGGGAGCUCCUGGUCAGAGCAAUGGGCAGCCAAAAAGCCUGACCCAACACGCUCAGAAGCGGAUCUGAUACGAGCCAAGAGAUGGGCGGCUAUUGAUCCGUCCUUGAUUGGGAAAAAGGUCACGGAGUCUCGUUCCCACCUACAGAGAACGCUCUUGAAGGCUACUGAGAACCUCCUCAAGCGUCCGCGGCGUGUGUUGAAGCGGCCUGAAGAUACCCGGUUUUUGUUUAUCUUGUUGGCGAAUCCCAUCUUAUCCUCACCUACAUCAUACCCACAGCACACGGCGCCCCCAGUAUCACAUCGAGAUGAGAGGCGCCCGUCACACCCAAAAGAUGUUCCAGGGGCACCUCGAGAUGGCAAAACCGCUAACAAAGAGCCACCGAAAGCACCUAUUCGCCAAGAGAGCCCCAACCACCACUACGGGCUCAUCAAACGAAUCCUAGGACUUAUGUCCAACUUGCCUAAUGACUGUCACCACUACUUUGUGUCCUGGGCUUCACGCUUUUCCGUAAGACAUUUUGAAAAACUGGUGGAAUUGGUCGGCGGGUUCCUUGCGUAUCGCUUGAGUCGCCAGCAUGGACGGAAACGCCCUGAAAAGCCUCAAAGCGGAGAUGAUCUGGUCCCGAGCUUUGCUAGUGCUGCAGGGAAUACACCAGCCGAGCUUCACGCAGCUCUCAACCGAAGAAGCCCGAACAAGAAACCUGUCAAAAAGACAGAAACCCCCAUCAUCUACACAGAGGAUUGGCAGAUAAGAGCGGCGGCCAGAGUGAUGUCGCUUUUCUUCACGGCAAACAUAUCCACUGCGGCGAAGAAGUCCGAUGGGUCUUCCCGCAGUCUUGAAUCGCCCAAGAAUCCAGGGCCUUGCCAAGGCCACAUAAUCCCUAUCAGUACGUUCUAUAGCACUUUGCUUGACUACUCGGACUUAGUGGCGGACUUUGAGAUUUGGGAGUCGAAGAGCUCGAAGUUUUCGUUCUGCCAGUAUCCAUUCCUGCUCAGCAUCUGGUCCAAAAUUCAUAUUAUGGAACAUGACGCUCGUCGCCAAAUGGAAGCCAAGGCACGGGAUGCUUUCUUCGAUAGCGUUCUUGGCCACAGAGCCGUCAGCCAAUACCUCGUGUUGAAGGUGCGACGAGAAUGUCUGGUCGAUGACAGCCUGAAAGGGGUAAGUGCAGUUGUUGGCACCGGACAGGAAGAAAUCAAAAAAGGUCUUCGGAUUGAGUUCUUGGGCGAGGAAGGCAUUGAUGCCGGCGGUCUGCGAAAGGAGUGGUUCCUUUUGCUAGUCCGAGAAGUUUUUGACCCGCAUCAUGGACUGUUCAUCUAUGAUGAUGAUUCGCAGUAUUGUUACUUCAACCCAUAUUGUUUUGAAUCAUCCGAACAAUUCUUCUUGGUUGGAGUUCUUUUGGGCCUUGCCAUUUAUAACUCCACUAUUCUUGAUAUUGACCUUCCGCCAUUCGCGUUCAAAAAGCUACUGGCGUCGGCACCUCACAGUGGUGGUGUUCAAACCACCCCACGCUCGACCUUCAAAUGCACGUUGGAAGACCUUGCUGAAUACCGGCCAGUUCUCGCUAAAGGACUUCGGGGUCUGUUGGAAUUUGAAGGCGACGUCGCCGAAACUUUCUGCUACGAUUUUGUCGCCCAAGUUGAUCGCUAUGGCGAGAUUGUCAAUGUGCCUCUUUGCGCGAAUGGCGAGAACCGGCCAGUGACCAACUCCAACCGCCGCGAAUUUGUUGAUCUCUAUGUUGGCUUCCUCCUCGACACUUCCGUGGCUCGACAAUUCGAACCCUUCAAGCGAGGCUUCUUCACAGUGUGUGGUGGCAAUGCACUGUCUCUCUUCCGACCAGAAGAGAUCGAACUCCUGAUACGUGGCUCAGACGAGCCACUCGAUGUGAACUCCCUCCGAGCCGUGGCCACCUACGACAACUGGUCCCACUCACGACCAGAGACUGUUCCUGUGGUCCGAUGGUUCUGGGAAUUCUUCGAAAAUUCGCUGCCUCAAGCGCAGCGCAAGAUCCUCUCGUUCAUCACGGGCAGUGAUCGAAUCCCAGCAAUGGGUGCUACAAGCCUUAAUAUCCGGCUUGCCUGUCUUGGCGAUGAAACCAGUCGCUACCCAAUCGCACGCACGUGUUUCAACACGCUGGGCUUGUACCGCUAUACCUCCCGUGAGAAAUUCCAACAGUUGCUUUGGGAUGCCGUUGUCAACAGUGAAGGAUUUGGUCUGAAGUGA